AUGUCCAUCACACAGCCAGUAUCGUCUUCUGCCCACACUCAAACAGACAACAUGAAGCUGAUUAUUCUCGCUUGUCUGGCCGUCGUCGCCGUUGCCUCCCCUCAGUACCCUCGGGACCCUCGCUUCAUCGCCAUCGUCCAUGAGAACAGUGAGAACGAUGGUAACGGCAACUACAACUUCCAGUACGAGGGGGAGAACGGCAUCUUCGUGGAUGGCUCCGGACGGCGAGGCUCCAAGGGACAGAGCAACAUGCAGGGCUUCUACAGGUUCCCACUGCCUGAGGGCGGCAUCGCUGAGGUCCGCUACACCGCUGACGAGAACGGCUUCCGCGCUGAGUCCCCGCUGAUCCCCAAGCCUCACCCCCUCCCUGCCCACGCCGUUGAGCAGAUCCGCAUCGCCGAGGAGCAGCGCCGCCGUGGCAUCAUCUGGGACUAAUUGACUGGACUAAUCGACUCCUUCGUGGUGAUAUACAUUAAACUUCGACUCUUCUGUUGUGUAAUGCGUAACAACUAAGGCUUUAACCCCCCCCCCCAAAAAAAAUAAAUAAAUAAAUAAAAAACAUAACCAACACACAAGGGUAAGUGCAGGACACACCCUAACCAUACUUAAAAGCUUUCCCCCCCCCCCAAAAAAAAAUGAACACCUCUCUUUUUUUUUAAUUUACGACCGCAGCUUUGGCAGUGAAAAUUGAAAUAAAUAUAAGAAAGUGU